AUGGUGGUUAAACUCAGUCCGGGAGAAGUGGCGGCAGCGGGCCGUUCAAGUGGAAGUGAGAGUGAUGUUGCUUCUCUAAUGGAAUUCAAGAAUGCAAUCACGCAGGAUCCCCUUGCUGUGCUGCAUAACUGGAAACACAGACUGCACUUUUGCAAUUGGACGGGCAUCCGCUGCAACACUGAAAAAUGGCGUGUUGUGACACUGCAUUUGAAAAACAUGAGCCUGCAGGGCGUGCUCCCUCCCCAGCUCGGGAAUUUGUCCUUCCUUCACUACCUUGAUCUCUCCUUCAACAGAAUUGGGGGCCCAAUUCCCUCUGCUCUGGGACGCCUGAGCCGCCUCAACUUCCUUUAUCUUCACGCCAACCUGCUGGAAGGCUCUUUUACUCAUUCUCUUGGUAAUUUGCGCAACCUGCAAGUGUUGACAUCUUGGGCGAAUCGCCACACGGGCAGCAUUUCUACGGCAUUGGGAAAUUGUUCUAUGCUUCGGGUUAUUGAUUUAUCUGAUAACGAUUUGGAAGGCACAAUUCCGUCCCAGAUCGGAUCUCUCACUAAGCUUGAGGUUCUCCAUCUCGACAACAACCGAAUCAGUGGAGAAAUCCCAACUUCUGUGCUAAAUUGCACAGAGUUGAGAAAUCUGUCUUUGUUCAAUAACUCGCUGAGUGGGGUGAUUCCGUCGGAGAUGGGCAUCAAGAUUUCCAAGCUGGAGUACCUGAUUCUGCCAAAAAUAAUCUCAGCCGGGCGAUUCCCAAAUCACUGGGAAAUUGCUCGAGGCUUUCUUGGCUUGAAUUGGCGUGGAAUGAAUUGA